UGGACGGUCCAGUAACUGUUUUCAAAGUGCUUCAAUCCCUCGUAAUUUGGUCAAAAAGUCUCUCUAACUCUAACCCACCUAACAUUUUAUGGUAAACAAAAAAUCCAUGUUUCUUCCUUUCCUCAAUUCCAUUCUCAUUAUCUCUAUAGGACUAGCAGUAUUGUCCUUCCCGAUCUCAGCAGUUGAAUCCUCAAUCCAGGUAUGGCCAAAGCCACGAACUUUUUCAUGGUCACAACCACAAGCCACUCUUCUCUCUUCCUCCUUCACCAUUUCAGCUCCCAACCAAACACAUAUACACCUCUCCUCCGCCAUCAAACGCUACCUCAAUCUUAUCCAAACAGAGCACCAUAUUCCAUUAGUCCCUCCCGUACUCAACUUCACCACCUCCACCCCUCCUUUACAGACCCUUUUGGUCUAUGUCUCUGACCUCACUGCCCCACUUCACCACAACGUGAAUGAGUCCUAUUCACUCACUAUUCCCACAUGGGGUCCUGCCAAUUUGACUGCAGAGACUGUGUGGGGUGCCAUGAGAGGCCUUGAGACAUUUUCUCAGCUCGUUUGGGGUGACCCUUUACGUGUGGCAGUGGGGUUGUACAUAUGGGAUGCACCACUUUUUGGACACAGGGGGGUUAUGUUGGAUACCUCUAGGAAUUACUACCCAGUUGAGGACAUAUUGAGGACUAUUGGGGCUAUGAGUGUGAAUAAGAUGAAUGUGUUUCAUUGGCACAUCACUGACUCGCACUCUUUCCCACUUUUGGUGCCGUCUGAGCCUGAUUUGGCAGCUAAGGGGUCUUAUGGCCCGGACAUGCUGUACACUCCCGAUGAUGUAAACAAAAUUGUGCAGUUUGGCUUGGAUCAUGGAGUGAGAAUUAUUCCAGAGAUUGACUCACCCGCCCAUACAGGAUCAUGGGCAGAAGCCUACCCUGACAUUGUGACAUGUGCAAACAUGUUCUGGUGGCCAGCUGGAAGUAUGUGGGAAGACCGUCUUGCCUCUGAACCUGGAACAGGCCACUUGAACCCCUUAAACCCCACGACUUACCAAGUCCUGAAAAGAGUCAUUAAUGAUGUGGCCACCUUAUUCCCAGAACCAUUCUACCAUGUUGGAGCUGAUGAGAUCAUCCCUGGUUGUUGGAAAGCUGAUCCGGCCGUCCAGUCCUUCCUCUCAAAUGGUGGAACUGUCAGUCAGCUACUUGAGAUCUUUGUCAACUCUACUUUUCCUUAUAUUGUAUCCCUAAACCGAACAGUGGUUUAUUGGGAAGAUGUUAUAUUGGAUGGUAAUAUCAAAGUACCAACCACAGCUCUUCCUCCAGAGCAUACCAUCUUGCAGACAUGGAACAAUGGGCAUGAAAACACCAAAAAGAUUGUUUCUUCUGGAUACCGGGUUAUCGUAUCAUCCUCGGAUUUCUAUUAUCUGGACUGUGGGCAUGGUGACUUUCUAGGGAAUGACAGCCAAUACGAUCAACAAACAAGUGAUAACUUUGGAAAUGGAGGAUCAUGGUGUGGGCCUUUCAAAACAUGGCAAACCAUAUACAACUAUGAUAUAACAUAUGGGUUGAGCAAGGAGGAGGCCAAUCUAGUGUUAGGUGGGGAGGUGGCAUUGUGGUCUGAGCAAGCAGAUCCUGUAGUUUUAGAUGCAAGAAUUUGGCCAAGAACUUCUGCAAUGGCAGAGACACUUUGGUCUGGGAACCGGGAUGAGACAGGUACGAAAAGGUAUGCUGAGGCAACUGAUAGGUUGAACGAGUGGAGAUAUAGAAUGGUGCGAAGAGGUAUUGGAGCUGAACCCAUUCAGCCACUUUGGUGCAUUAGGAACCCUGGCAUGUGCAACACAGUUCAGCCUUUUGCUUAGCUAUUUCCUUCUUAUAUACUUGAAAAAUAUAAUACUAAUACCAAUUACAGAUUUGAUUUGUUGUGUUACUUUUCUUGCUAUAGAAUGCAUUAUUUGAGGAAGAUGAAUGGCAAUUGUAUUUAACUUUGCAAAUGUUUGAGCCCUUAACUCAUGUGACAAAUAGUUUGACUCUUGUCCUGUUUUAAAUCA